ACAGUGUGUUAUAACGUAUCUGAUAUUCAACAGGAACCACCGAAGCACCACAAUGCUGCUAUGAAUACUUCGCACAGAUGUCAAAGCACUACGUAAAUUCGCCUCGGAACUCUUACGUGUGUUUUAAUCACAGUAGUGUUAACAACUCCGCUGUUCCCCAGAGUUCCGACAAGACAGAGGGUAAUCGUUUGUCACUAGCCUCACAGAGACAUGUUGACCUCGUCAAUGAAAACGUUAAAGUGGGACUUAUGUUUGCUUCAAAAGCUAUCAUGCAGCUGAUUGCCAACCCCUUCAUUGGGCCCCUCACAAACAGGAUUGGCUACAGUAUCCCAAUGUUUACCGGUUUUUUCGUCAUGAUGGUGUCAACCAUAAUAUUUGCAUUCGGUGAGAGUUACACCGUGUUGUUCGUGGCCAGAACGGUACAGGGUAUCGGCUCGUCCUGUUCCAGUGUAUCAGGAAUGGGUAUGUUGGCUGACAGAUACCCGGAUGAUCGGGAGAGAGGUAACGCUAUGGGCAUCGCUCUGGGAGGUUUGGCUCUCGGGGUAUUGGUUGGUCCACCUUUUGGCGGAAUAAUGUACGAAUUUGUGGGCAAGGAGGCCCCAUUCCUGAUUCUUGCUGGCCUGGCUCUUGUUGAUGGGAUUUUAAUCAUGCUUGUACUGCAGCCGUCCAUCACCCCGGAAUCCCAGGAAGGCUCGUCAUUAAAGGAACUGUUAAAGGAUCCGUACAUCCUCCUGGCAGCCGGAUCAAUUACGUUCGCCAACAUGGGCAUUGCCAUGAUGGAACCUUCCCUACCUAUCUGGAUGAUAGACACUAUGCAUGCGCCUAAUUGGCAGCAAGGAGCGGCAUUCCUACCUGCAAGUAUAUCAUAUAUGAUAGGAACAAAUAUCUUUGGACCACUGGCCCACAAAAUGGGACGAUGGUUAAGUGCUUUAAUAGGAAUGGUUGUAAUAGGAGUCUGCCUCUUCGCGAUACCGUUUUCAAAGAACAUUUUUCACCUGAUAGCCCCAAACUUCGGUUUAGGGUUUGCCAUUGGUAUGGUGGAUUCAUCAAUGAUGCCGCUCAUGGGCAACCUGGUUGACCUUCGUCAUGUCUCUGUUUAUGGCAGUGUAUAUGCCAUAGCAGACGUUUCCUUCUGCUUGGGCUAUGCCAUCGGCCCGGCAAUGAGUGGAUCAAUCGUCAAGACACUUGGUUUCCACUGGAUGUUAUGGACGAUUGCCAUUGUCAAUGUGGUGUACGCCCCUCUGAUGAUUUUCUUACGUAAUCCCCCGGGAAAAGAGGAAAAAAUGAAGAAAAUUUACAGGUCGUACAAGCAAUCUCUGAUUAUGAAUGACAAGUGCCCGGUGCAGUACGUCACGUACAAUCAAACAACACGGAGCCAAGAGAACACUGACGAAGACGAGGACCUGUACUACAACUAACGCGAGCAGCCGGACACCGCAAUAUGACACGCACUUCUAAACGGACGCCGCAAAACGAUAUGCACUUCCAGACGGAUAGCGCAAUACGACAUGCCCCCCAAGACGGACAUCGCAAUACGACAUACAAUCCCAGCUGGACAAUGCUGUAAGACCCUCCUGCCGCACAGUGAAGUACAAUGUGCUUCCUCAGCCGAACACCGCAAUAAGACCCUCAUUAUUCACCACCUACAAGGACACUGCACUGCGACAUGCGCACCAACCGCACACCGUAAUAUUGCACCAACAGUUGCACCAACAGCCGGACACCCCAGUACGACAUGGUUCUCCCAACACAAUAUACACACACUUCAUACACUGUAAUAUCACAUGUAUCCCAUGUCAUAGCUGAACCACAGUGUGAAACGCACUCACAGCUAGACCCUGCAAUUUAAGAUAGUUCAUUUCUGACACUGUAAUAAUAACACCACAGUAUGACAUGCCCAUCUAGCUUGACCUCUGCACUGCAUGACCCAAUACGACAUGCACUCAAAUCUGAACACCGAAAUAUGACACACUUAACGUGAAAAUGACAUACACACCCACCACAAUAGGACAUGUAUUGCCGACCAGACUGGGCGAUGGUAGAACCAUUAGAUCCUUCCCUCUCACACCACGUCCACCCCUGUUGAUCUCGGACUUUGUCACACGGUUGCUAGGCGACCGUCUGACGCCUUAGCUGAUGUACAAACGAGUCGAUUAUAUCCACGCAUCACUUGUCUGUGAUUAUCAUAAUGCCGUAUACGGCAUUGCUGCGUGAACAAGUAGUACCCUAGGACGAUAGUUGGAUGCAUAAUUUUAUGGUAUGUCUACUUUCCUAGAAUUCUAAUUUUUGCUGGAUACUAGAAGCCAAGAAGUCUGUGCUUGAACCAUAAAUGAAGCUGAUGAUUUAUUUCUAGCCUGUUUGGUCUAUUGCUGUGACUUGUAUAUACAUCCCAUGCUCUUUAAUUGAGAAUUAAUAUACAUAUAUGUAAAUAUACAUAUAUACGCUCCGCUGACAUUAACUCACGGAAUGACCGGGACCAUGGAUAAAAUGUACAUGUAUAUUGUUGGAUUCCAAUCAUGGUUUCAUUUGAGAUAGGGGCAUGGCCUUGGUCUGUUUAUUCCAUAGGACAGUUCAUAUGUGGACUGCAGACUGGUGUACGACGUUUCAGCGAAGUACUCAACAUAUUACAUUGUAAUGAGAAUAGUCUUGUAUAUAAUAAGUGUGUAAGUUUCUCAUAUGGACCUGCAAUAAUAAGACUCUGAGAGAGUGUGUUUACUCCAUGACUGUUCAUGAGAUAAACGGCUUGCUAGAAUAUACUUAUUUAUCGUUUAAUGACGGCGUAUCAGGAACGUUAAACAGAUGUAGUAUAAGCCUGUACAGUGUUAUCACCGGCCAGUUUUGGCAGUUAUCAUAUAGAUGGCGCUGUUGUCGCACAUGCAGUGACCACUGCAGCGACUAGCGUCAGAGCUGCUAUGACGUCAUCCGGUGUCCCAUAUAUGAAAGUAACACCCCCAUCAAGUGCUCUGUAGGUUUGGUGAAUCCAAAUAUACCUGCAAAUAAAAGAUUGAUGAAGUCAGUUGCCUUUUACUGUACGUUCUAGUGAGAAAUGCGAAGGGAGGCCACUCUUAACUGUUGUCUCAAAACUAUUUUGCUAAGAGGACAAAACGAUUUAGUAUUAAAUUAUUCCAAUAAAUAAAUAAAAUAAUAAAUUAUUUUCUGUUGUCCUCUGCGUGAGGAUAACAUAUAGACUCCAUCCUGCGAAUAUGGUUGAGGUGUACACAGACACACAGCACCGCUUUUUCACGCACUUUUAAGACAACGCGCAUCAGAAUACGAGAGUCAUCAUGACCGUGGUUCGUAACAUAAUCAUUGAUUAAGGUUGGUAGUUGAUUCAAUUCAAACCGCGUAAAGUCCACAUAUCAAGCAUUAGUCAAAACUUGCUGGUGACAGAGGGUAACAAAUUUCAGAUGUAUAAAUGAAACGUAGACUUCUUUCAUGGCCCAAUCCAUUGUUACAGUUAGCGAGAAAUAAACCAGCUAGUGGAGUGUGCCACAAUCAAACUGGCCUCACUGGCGAAUUUUGAUACUCCAUACACUGAUAUACACUGAAUACUGAUAUGCUCAUGGGUAUUGAAUUCUCUCCAUAUAAACAGGUGGUCUUAUAUCUUACAGAAAAUAAAAAUUUUAAAUAAUUUCCUGGUAUGAUGUUUUGAAUAAGGAAUCUGAGCUUAGAUCUCAAAUUAACUAAACUAGUGCUCAAAAGAAAGUAUA